CUGCGCAUGCGUUCAGAACGCCAACGCACCGCUAUGACGUCAGCCCCAUCGACCUUUAUUGUUAAAGAGACGGGGACAGAAACGGCCUUGUGUUUCAAGACUUCCUAAAAAGCUCGUGUUCUGUUUACAGCAGCUGAGACCCGCGGGGAUGGGGGACCGCAGCCGGCUGUGCUCGGUGUGGCUCGGUUCGGAAACCGGGAUCCUAAAGGGGGUCAGCCUGACCCGGAAACAGGCCUUCAACUUCUGCGACACGCGCCAGCUGAGCCGGGACCAGGAGGUCCGCGUGCUGAGUUGGGGCGAUCCGCCGGCGGAAAGCGAGCUGCUGCUGGGCUUAGUGGACGGAACCGUCCGAACCUUUAGCACCGAGAAGGGCGCGUUCACGGACGCGCGGCGCUGCGGGGACCCGCAGGACGGAUGCUUUGCGGGUCUCGCGGCGCUCAGCAGCUCCACAUUGGUCUCGUGCACGGAGAACGGUGCUGUGCGCGUGUGGGCCGAGGACAGCCGCGAGCCCGUGACCAAGCUGGAGGCGGGAAAGACGGUGUGCCGGAUGAGACAGAGUCCGGUAAGCCGGAACAAGGUGGCCACCGGCGGGAAGGAGAACGGGCUGAAGAUCUGGGACCUGCAGCGGCCGGAGGCGGCCCUGUUCUCCGCCAAGAACCUCCGGGACGACUGGCUGGCUCUGCGGCGGCCGCACUGGGUCCGGGACGUGGCCUUCAUCCCGGACUCGGACAAGGUGGUGACGUGCACAGGCUACCAUCAGGUCCACGUCUUCGACCCCUCCACCCCUCAGCGGCGCCCCGUCCUGGAGGCAGAGUACGGCGAGUAUCCGCUGACCGCCCUGUCCCUGACCGCCUCCGGCUCCACGGUGGUGGUGGGAAACACGCAGGGCCAGAUCGCCCUGCUGGACCUGAGGAAGGGGCUGGUGUGUGGCUGCCUGAAGGGGCUGUCCGGGGGGGUGCGGGGCCUGCAGUGCCACCCCUCCCAGCCGGUGGUGGCGUCCUGCGGUCUAGACCGCUUCCUCCGCAUCCACAGUCUGGAGGACCGGCGGCUGCUGCACAAAGUCUACCUGAAGUCCCGCCUCAACUGCCUCCUUCUGGCCAGCUUGGAGCUGGAGGAAGGGGCGGGGGGGCAAGUAGAGGGGCAGGCUGAGGUCAAGGAGGAAGAGGAGGAUGAGGAUGAGGUGUGGGCCUCCUUGGAACAAGUGGAGGAGGAAACGACAAAGAGGAAAGCAGCAGAGAAGGACGAGGAGACGCAGAAAAAGAAAAAGAAGAAAGGGAAGGACUGAUGCCUUCAAGGUGCUUAAAAAGCGUGGGAUAUCUGAACACCAGCAAUGACAGAACUGAAAAAAGAUGGAAUCUGUUGGUACCUGAACGCCUCAUUGAUGCUGCAUUAACUGACAUCCGUUCUGUGCUUUAAAACCUGAUUCCAUCUUAAAGACUUUUUUCUCCAAGUUCUUCUGAACGUCAUAUUUACAGAGUCGUCUGUGAAGGCAUCACUGCUUGGAUUUAGACUGAGGAUAUUAACACAUAUUUACCCAGAAUUCUGUAUUCUAAGGGCACAUAUGAACUAUUUUAAAUAAAUAUUUUACAUCA